AUGACGGUUCGGGGUCGAAAAGAUUCUACUCUUUUAAGAUGGGGGGUCGAUAGACAAAAUCAGGAGAUUGUGUUGGAGAUUCAGGUUCCAAGAGCAUCAUGGGUGGCUUUGGCUUUGAAUUCUGAAGGGUCUCUGACAGGCUCGGAUGUUGUCAUUGGAGGCUGGAAUGGAGACACAGAAACAUUUUUCUAUGAUGCCUAUAUUGAUUCACAAUGGCCCCCAACAAAGGAUGAUUUCCAGGACUAUGAGUUCCUAGAGUUGAGGAGGAAUGAGACCCACAGUGUCCUCAGAGUGUGGCGCAAGUGGUUUACUUGUGACCCACAGGACUUUGCCUUUGAGGCGCAAAAAGAUAAGCACUCGGGGGAGGGGGGACUGCAGAACCUGCUGCUGCCUCAGGUGGUGGAGGGCCAGGAUCGCCCCUUAAUGUGCAGUGAUUAUACCCCGCCAUUCCAUAUUUUACCAAUGCCCCUGGAUUGUACCACAUAUGUUACUGCAUAUUUUGGAGACCGUCAGGAUCUGCAGGAUGGAGCAAAAAACGCCUUCUCCAGGUCCAUAUAUUUUAUGGAGGUAAAGUCUGAAGUUAAUCUGCCCGCCAACCUCCUUUACUACGAUAUAAAGAUGAACGAUUAUCUGAUCCCAGAACAGGACACCACCUAUGCCUGCACCUUCAUUCCAUUGCCUCAAGUUGCAACAAAACAUCACAUUGUAAAGUAUGAGGUGAAUAUUGAUCCCAAGAGUGAAGGCAUUGUCCAUCACAUUCUGAUUUACGCCUGCGAUAACAACAUGGAGAUUAUCCCUGAGCCUGGAUACUGCCAUGGGGGAGACAGCCGCUAUUUCCAGUGCAUGAAUGUCUUGUUUGGAUGGGCUGUCGGGGGAGAGGACUAUUAUUUUCCAGAAAAUGCUGGUGUGUCUAUUGGUACCAAGGAUGACCCUCAGUAUGUUCGAUAUGAAAUCCAUUACAGCAACUUUGAUGGAAUCUCAGGAAUUAAGGAUAACUCUGGAAUAAGGAUUUUGUACACCCCAGAAGUACGUAAAUACGAUGCAGGCGUCCUAAUGUUGGGGGUCUUCACUUUUCCCAUUCAGUUCAUCCCACCCGGAUCAAAGAACUUUAGAAGCUAUGGCCUCUGUGACACUAAAUUGAUUCCACAGCUUUUAGAUGAACCGCCGGAGGAUCUGAUCGCUUCUUCUUUCCUUCUACAUGCCCACCUGACGGGACACGGCCUACGUUUGCUGCAUUAUAGGAAUGGGACUCUCAUUGGCAGUCUUGGGCAGGAUAAUUCCUAUGAUUUUGGUUUCCAACAAAUCCGAUAUUUCCCUGAAGCUAUUACUAUAAAAAUGGGAGACCAGAUUGUGGUUGAAUGCACAGGGAACACGAUGGACAGAGAUUCUGUGACUUAUGGGGGUCCCAGCUCUCUGAAUGAGAUGUGCCUAGGAUUUAUUUUUUAUUAUCCAUAUAUUCCUAUCGCUGCUUGCUGGAGCUACUAUGACCUUCACCACGUGAUUGAGGCAUUGGGUAUGGAUCCAGUGGAGAGGAUUGGCAUUUCCCUGAAUAAGUAG